CGCGGCCCUCGCGGCGCCAUGGGGCCGCUGCUGUGGCUGCUGCUGGUGCCGCUGGGCGCGGGCUCCGCGGCGUACGAGGUGUACGUGGAUGCCCGGCGAGCCGAGCGGCCCCUGCAGCACUUUUGGAGGAGCACUGGCUUCUGCCCUCCUUUACCUCACAGACGUGCUGACCUGUAUGACCUGAGCAAAGACCAAGAGCUGAACCUUGCUUACAUUUCUUCUGUUCCACAUGGCGGCAUUGAACAAGUUCGGAUUCACUGGUUACUGGAAUUAGUUGCUCUUAGCGUGGUGAAUGGCAAAGUUAACUACAAUUUUACUGCCUUGGAUAACUUUAUGGAUCGCCUGUGGGAAAAUAAGCUGAUUCCAGGAUUUGAAUUGAUGGGGAAUCCAUCAGGAUAUUUUUUAGAUUUUGAAGAUAAAGAACAUGUAGUACAGUGGAGAAACUUAAUUACUGUUCUGGCCAGGAGAUACAUAGAUAGGUAUGGAUUGGAGCAUGUUGCUAAAUGGAAUUUUGAGACAUGGAAUGAGCCAGACCACCACGACUUUGACAAUGUGACGAUGACAGUAAAAGGGUUUCUCAACUAUUACGAUGCUUGUUCAGAAGGAUUAAGAGCGGCUAGUCCUUUUCUAAAAUUUGGAGGGCCUGGGGAUUCCUUCCACCCUUUACCCAAGUCACCCAUGUGCUGGAGUCUUCUGUGUCAUUGCUACAAUGGGACAAACUUCUUCACGGGGGAGACUGGUGUAAGGCUGGAUUACAUCUCUCUCCAUAAGAAGGGAGGUGGAAAUUCUCUCUACAUCUUGCAACAAGAAAUAGAAGCAGUUGAGCAAAUUCAGAAGCUCUUUCCAAAUUUUUCUUCUGUUGCCGUAUAUAAUGAUGAAGCAGAUCCAAUGGUUGGAUGGUCAGUUCCACAACUCUGGCGAGCUGAUGUGACCUAUGCAGCUAUGGUUGUAAAGGUAAUCAUCCAACACCAAAAUCUGCUCAUUUCCAAAGCCAACAAUACCAUCAACUACUCGCUGCUGAGUAAUGACAAUGCCUUCUUGAGCUACUACCCCCAUUACUUCACCCAGCGGACUCUGACAGCACGUUUUCAGAUGAACAAUACAAAUCCACCUCAUGUCCAGAUGGUGCGGAAACCAGUGCUGACUGCCAUGGGCUUGCUGGCACUGCUAGGAGAAGAGCAGAUUUUUGCAGAGGUGAAGAUCAGUGGAGAUGAAAGCGCUCAAAAUGGCACAGUUGGCGUGCUCGCAGCUGUGCACACCCCAAUUGAAGCACAGCCCUCAGACAGCUGGCAAGCUACAGUACUGAUGUAUUCAAGUGAGGAUAACAGGACUUCAUCCAACACCAGCACUGUCACAAUGAAUGCCACCCACUUCCCCAAACUUAAAGAACUGGUGUAUGUGACAUAUUACAUGGAUAACAACCAAACCAAUCCCUAUCUGAAGUGGAAAAACCUAGGAAGCCCUGACUUUCCUUCUCCAGAGCAGUUCCAGCAAAUAAGGGAUGCUGAGGACCCUCUGGUAACAGGCCCAUUCCCAUUUCCUGAAGCCGGCAUCCUGACACUGAAGCAAGACUUUCCCAUUCCCUCAGUCUUUCUUAUCCACAUCUGUGCAAGACCCAGAUCAGCUCCUGAUCAAGUGACUGGUGUUCGUUUGAUCCCUCUCACAAAGGGGCAGGUCAUUGUGCUGUGGGAUGAUGACUGUGUAAAGUCAAAGUGUAUAAAAACAUUUGAAGUGGAAUUCUCAUUGGAUGGAAAAGCAUACCAUCGGAUUAAUGCCAAAGACACAAUAUUCACUCUCUGGGUCUACAGUCCAGGAAGCUCAGUCUCCGGCUUUUACCGAGUGCGUGCCGUUGACUACUGGGGCAAGGCAGGCCUGUCCUCUCUUCCCGUGGGGUACGUUGAAGCUUUCAAGUGACGCUGAAGAGUGGUGCCUGGCUUGGUGUCAGAGUGGUGUAUGUUCCUUGCAAAUGACAACUCCCCAGAAAAAUAGACUCCUCCCAGGCUGAGGAGGGCGUAUGGAAACAACCUGAUGAAGUUAGGAACACAAGUUAGAAGCAACUGCCCCUGUUAACUCUUCACAGCACAAAAGACAGCAUUAUCAAACAACCACAACUGCCAACCCAACUGGUAAAAGGCUGCGGUAGGACAGGGAUUCAGCCUGGUAACUAGGAAUUAUGGGAAUAAAUAUUUCUUAUUCCCCUUUUUUCACUGAGCUAACAGCCAGGGCAAGCUAAGAUUUAUAGAGAUCACAAACUGUAGCAGGAACAGAACCAUUCCUUCACUGUGUGAGUGAGGAUGGUAGCAAGGGCACAUGGAGGAUCUGUCUACAAGUGAACUGGCUGCCUUAGCUGCCAGGCUGUCUUGAUUUAAUGGUUUGAUGGAAAAGUGCACAGCAACCAGACACAUUCAGAGCGUGAGGUAAAGGAUCUCUUACUCCCUGCUGGUUAGUCACAGUAGGCUAUUUCAGAACACUUGCCAUGUCUUUAGGUAUGAGGUUUUUCAUUCUCUCACAGAGGGGUUUCCACCCAGCUUUCUCAGCAUUUGUGACCAUUACACGGAUGUCGGAGCUAUUUCCCAUAGGCAGAGGAAGGGAUAUCAACUCAUUCUGGGAGGGGAGAGGGCAUAUAAAGCCCUAGCCUCCAGACUUCCCUGCCUUUUCUCUUUUUUAUUUUUGCCCAAGUCACCUGUUUGCACUUUGGCCAUCAGCUGCUGCCUCUUUGUGGUGGAGGCUCUAACCCUGUAAGUCGCCCUUUCUCUCCAUUUCUGUCACCUAGCCCUUACAGCUAACACCUCUCCUCACAGACUGUAAGUAGCUCUACAAUGCCAGGAGAAAGCUGAAACACUAAUUAGAGCCUUUUUCUCAUAUGACAGGACAGCUCACUCUUGAAUGCAGCAGGGCUGCUACUUAGGACAUUUAGGAAGUUAACAAAGAACAGUUAGAGCUCCUGUGCUUUGAAAAGCAUGUGCACAAGCGUGUGAUAGCCCUAGAUGAUGGGCUACAGAUCACCACUGGCUGUGCUUGCACCUGCCAAACACUUUAUGUAAACAGCUAAGUUCCCUGAAAUUGCAGGGGUGCUGCUUUGUUUUUCCCUUUUCACAACUGGCACAGUUUGAGCUGUGCAUUUAACAGGUUUGCAGAGAGAAGGAUAAUGCCAGUGAAAACAGCUAGUGUUUUCCAUAAGAAGUAUGACUCUGUCACACAAACAAAUCCCCUACUGCUCUCUUUGCUGACAUCAGCCACCUCACCAACAUAACAACAAAAACUGCAUAUUUGAUGAAACAUUCAGGUCUCUGAAAAAAGAAGUGCCCAAGUUUGCACAGUAGGAGGGAGCUGAACUACCUCAAAUACCCUCAUCUUUU